CACGGCCUCGCGUAGGCCCCGCCCCCUCUUCGGAGCUUUUCUGCUGGCCGGGCUCGCUGAAGCGGCAGCCGCGAACGAGUCGCUUUCCCUCCCCGCCUUCCUGUCGGCCGGAGCCUGGCGGGGCACCGGAGGGCGGAGUCCCCAAGGCCGCCGUCUCCUUCCCUCCCUCGGCCCCUCCUUCCUUCCUUCCUUCCUUCCUUCUCCUUCACGCCUUUCCUUCCACCCCACCCCCACCGCACCGCGCUCUCCCCUCACAGGCAGCAGCAACAUGGCGGCGAUGGCGGGCAACUGUGCCAACCCCGCCGGGGGCCCGGAGAUGGUACGAGGGCAGGUCUUCGACGUGGGGCCUCGCUACACCAACCUCUCCUACAUCGGGGAGGGCGCCUACGGGAUGGUCUGUUCUGCCUAUGACAAUGUCAACAAAGUUCGGGUGGCUAUAAAGAAAAUCAGCCCUUUUGAACACCAGACUUACUGCCAGAGAACUCUGAGAGAGAUCAAAAUCUUAUUGCGCUUUAAGCAUGAAAAUAUUAUCGGAAUCAAUGACAUUAUCAGAGCUCCAACAAUUGAACAAAUGAAAGAUGUAUACAUUGUGCAAGAUCUCAUGGAGACAGACCUUUACAAGCUCUUAAAGACUCAGCAUCUCAGCAAUGAUCACAUCUGUUAUUUCCUUUACCAGAUCCUGAGAGGAUUAAAAUAUAUCCAUUCUGCCAAUGUGCUGCAUCGUGACCUCAAACCUUCCAACUUGCUGCUGAACACUACUUGUGAUCUCAAGAUCUGUGAUUUUGGAUUGGCCCGUGUAGCAGAUCCAGAUCAUGACCAUACUGGUUUCUUGACGGAAUACGUAGCUACACGUUGGUACAGAGCUCCUGAGAUCAUGUUGAAUUCUAAGGGUUACACCAAAUCUAUUGAUAUCUGGUCUGUAGGCUGUAUUUUGGCAGAGAUGCUUUCAAACAGACCCAUCUUUCCAGGAAAACACUACCUUGAUCAGCUGAACCAUAUCCUUGGGAUACUUGGAUCUCCUUCUCAAGAAGAUCUGAAUUGUAUAAUCAACUUGAAAGCCAGAAAUUAUUUGCUUUCUUUACCAUACAAAAAUAAGGUGCCGUGGAACAGGCUGUUUCCAAACGCUGACCCCAAAGCUCUUGAUUUGUUGGAUAAAAUGUUGACCUUCAAUCCUCAUAAGAGAAUUGAAGUAGAAGAAGCUUUGGCCCAUCCGUAUCUAGAGCAGUAUUAUGAUCCAAGUGAUGAGCCUGUAGCUGAAGCUCCCUUCAAGUUUGACAUGGAAUUGGAUGAUUUGCCGAAGGAAAAACUGAAAGAACUAAUUUUUGAGGAAACUGCCAGAUUUCAGCCUGGAUACAGAUCUUAAAUUGCAAUCGGAUAAAGGCAUUAAAGGGCUGGGCAUACUCCACAUAGAUGUUCUCUUCCUGGUUCUUUGUCUCCGGUCAUGCCUUGUGGCCUCUCUCAGCUUAUGUACUAACUACUUCAAGCCAUUCAGGAGGGCAGUUUCUGGUAGUCCUGGCUUCUAUACUUUCAGCGGAUUCUUUAAUUAUGCCUGAGAAAUUGAUACCCCUACGCAUAAUGUCCUUUAUUGGCCUUUUGCAGUACUGUCCUUUCACAUACACCUACUGCUGAUGACAUGUUUUAACUGCUUCCUUUCUGAUUUGAAAGAUGCAGUGUUUUGUUUUGGCUUCAACCAAGAUUGGUAAAAAUGUUUGCACAUUGAGCCAUUUUCUUUCCUAGAUUUUGUUAGUUAUAUUUUUUAGGAAAAGCUAUGAUUUAAGGCACUUUAAGUCAGUGGCAUCCCCACUCUUUUGCACUUGUUUAAGCAGCAGUGGUUUAUUUUAAUAAUACAAACAAGCAGAGAGACAGCACCUGUUCUGCUUUCUUGUAUUGGACCUAUACAUUAAUACAGGGCAUUUUCCUUAGACAUCGACAAAACUUGCUUUGUUAACCAAACAGUGGGGAAAAAAACACAUUUUCUUUCCCCCUUUCAGAGAUGCUAGGUACUUGUGCAAUGUUAAAGGAAUGGUACUUCCAGAAUUCCUACUGUUUGUCAUAUUUUCUAGAUGAGUGGUGAGAGAAUGAUUUUUAGGACAAAGUUGCAUUCUUGCUGUUUUCCUUUGCGAAAGGCACCCAUGUGAUGUGUAUUGGUAGUUGAAUUCUCAUGUGAUUAUUGUAAAAUUAGUCUACUAUUUGGGUACCAGUGAAAUACUUCAGGAGUCCUUUUUAAAUAAUCACGUUUGCAUUUUAUGUAAAGGGCUCUGAUAAAGGAACACUGCAUCUUUAAAUGAGAAAGUUAGAAUUUCCUUUUGCUCUCACAGCAUGUCAACAUCUCAGGUUUAUUUCCCAUAACCUGCCCAUGUUACAAACUCUGUGGAAUUGAUAGCAUGUAACAUGCACUGCUACUCUGUCAGGUAUCCAGCAUUCUGUAUAAUGCUGUUUUAGGGCCACAAAACAAAGCUAUCGCUAAAUCGUAUUUCAUCUAUACCUUUUAAAAUAACAGCUCUUCAAGUAUUUGUUUCUGAAAUUGUAUACUGUGGAGUUGACUAGAUGUUAUGAUGUUCCAGUGCAGUGCCUCCUUUCCCCACUGCUCUGUGGUGAGAAAUUUGCCUUGUUUAAGAUAAUUACUGUGCCCUCGCAUGACUGUUAAAAGCUUUCUGUGCAAAGAUGACUGUCUAAGUGCCACAUGCCUACAAUCGAAAAAAGUUACCUCCAAGUUGUGUUAAAUGAAAUAGGAAAAAACAGUUCUGUUCUAGCUAUUCAUUUCUCUGCUCUGUUUUAUUUUGGCAGUGUUGAAGAAUGAAUUGUACAAAGACUGCUUACUAAUAUGAACAAAAACACAUUUGUAAUAAAUAAAUAAUCGUGUAUCUUUAUGUUAAGCUUUCAAAUAGCUUGAUUUGGUUUUUGAUAAAGUGUGUAGAUAGAAAUGUGGCUUGUUUGGCUACUGUAGUAUUUAAGAAUGCUUGCUGGUGUGUGGCACUCAUUCUAUUUUUAAUAUAUUUUAGAAACCUAGAUUCUUGGCUGUUUACUCAGUAUUAAGUCCUAUCAAAUCAAUAGGACAUAACUUGCAAGGAAGUGUAUAUAGAAGAUUGUGUGUUCCAGCUACCAAUCUGGCUCAAGUUAGUAAAGUUCCGUAGAAAGCAAUAGGACUCUCAAGUUAAUCAUGGUGGACUUGUUCUGUUGGUUUCAGUGAGAUUUAGUCAGGUGAAACGUCAGCUAGGUUGGCGCCAUGAUGUAGAAGAGUGCUUACAGGACUCAGAUUUCUAAGUUUUGAAAUAUUUGAAAUAUUAGCCAGCUGAAGCUAAUAUUAAUGUGUUUGUCUUCAAAGGGCAUUUUGUAUUCCUGUGGUCCAUACUCCUACUGUGUGUAAAACACAUGUUCAGAGCAAUGUAGGGACAAUUCUUGACAGAUGUCCACUUCUCUGUGAUCCUGCACUUGACUGUUCAUACUGGGUGUAGAAACUUUUUCUUGAUCUUUCUGCACAUCAUACUUUACCAAAACACUGUCCAUUGUUGUUGAGUUGAAAGCCCCAAGUGUCUACCUGCGCAGUCAUGACAGACUUAAUUUGGUGAGUUUUGAAAAAUGACUGUUAAUGAAAACUCUAGUGGAUAAACUUGUUAUGGAAUAGUUUUGGCAGCUUGUUUUGUCUUGACUCCUUGCCAUUGGUUUUGAGUUUUUAACUUUUGUAUUAUAAACUACCUUAUUGACUUUAAGUCCCUAAAUAAGAAGCCAUGGGUGUGAUGUUCUAAUACCUGGUGCUUUGGGGCAUUCUUUCUGUCUGUCUGCAGAAGAUAGGCUUGACACCACUAAUUGCCAUCACUGGAUGCUGUUGUGCUUGGAGUGCUGCCUUGGUCUUGAGCAGGAUUUUUUGGCAGAAUGGGAAGUCUUCUUUAAAAGGCACACUUAUAAUGGUGUUUUUUUUAACACAACAUUUUAGACCCUACUCUGAUCCUGCAUACCAUUUCUGAAAAUUCCUGCAAAGAUGAUGACUACUCUGAGGUAAUGUUGGUAAUGUGGUAUUCAAAUAUGCAGAGAUCUUCGGUAUAAGGAUUGCAUCUGCUGUGGUGGAUGUGAAAUGAAUGGAGAAUAUGCAUAUUGACUGGUCCAGUGUGUGGAAUCCUUGAAUUCAUAUUCAAUUUGGAGACUAUGCAUAUAGAACAGGCAGUAUGCUAAAUUAAUGCUGUCAAGUUUGUAUAUAUUCUCCAUUCUGCUUCUACUAAUUGCUGGAUAUCAAACAUUCCAGCCUUAAAUUAACAGCACUUGCAGUUCAUAGGGGUAUUAAAGUAAUGAAAUACUGUAUCCUGGUAGUGGUUGAACUCUGCUUUAAAGCCUAAACUUUACUAAAGCCAUAUAUGUGUGCACCAUUCAUGGGAAGCCUUGUAAUGCAUUCUAUGCUUUCAAGAGAUAACUGCAGUAACAGAAGUUAUACUUGGUAGUUACAGAAGGACUUUGGAUGGUAUUAGAAAACAGUCUAGUUUCCACUGUAAAAUUUUAAAGUAUGAAGCUGCCUUAUACCAAGUCAGAUCAUUGAUCCAAUCAGCCCAUACCGUUGAUUCUGAUUGGUAGUACCUCUCCAAAAUCUCUGGCAGAGAUUAUUCCCAGCUCUGCUAAAGGUAUCUUUUUGACUAGAUAUGCCAGGAAUUGAACCUAGGACCUUCUGGCAUGCCAGCUUUAAGCUCUGCCACUGAGCUAUGGUUCUUCCCAUGCUAUGGUAUAUUCAUAACUUGCCUGAAAGAUGUUAACUGACAGAACGUAGUAGGGAUUUAAUAACUUUUAUGAAUAGACUGGUUUCUGUACAAUUUUAUUACACAGCCCAUUGCUUAAUGUAACAGUUUAAGAAAACCUCAGAUAUAGCAUUCAUAGCAUAUGAUUUUAUUCCCUUGCAUAGUACUUCUAUAUUUAUAAAACAAUGUUUUGAAGCAGUCCCAAGUUUAAGGGAAAGUAUUUUUGUAAGUGUAGUAGUUCAAGUCCAAGAAAUUCUUUAACAUAAGUUUGAAAUAUAUUAACGCUUUAAAAAAUUCACUGAAAUACAACACUAAAGAAAUGAAAAGUGCACAUUAGUAUAGUCCAUUCCAGCAAUCUGUAUUGUAGCAUGUGCUGUGACUAGAACCGAAAUGAAUAGAUCUAACCUGGCAGUGGAUCUAACUUGGUGAUCCCAGAUCAGUCUUCUCCAAGGUUGCGGCAGGUUUACUUGCUAUUGUUGCCUUUUCUUGUGAUGUUUCAGCGUCAAGCAAGCACUCCUAAGGAAAUACUUUGCUUUGUAUUUGCUUUGUACUGUUGGUGCCUUAGUCAUGUACCCCAAACAUUCUGCACAGCUAAUUUUUAGUUCAUGGUUAAGUUAAAAAAAAGAAAUUAAAACUAAAGAAAAAUUUUAUAAAAAUUUUCUGUAUGUUAUAUUAUAACUAACCAUUUAUAUUGUGUGACAGAUUUGUGAUUUGGUUAAUAUGUAUAGAAUUAUUGUAAGUAGAAAAGGUUUAUAUUUUGUCUUAAUUCUGUUGAUGUAAACGUAUAUAAUUUUUAAAAAAAAUUUAGUUAAUUAAAUGUCUUGUUAGUAUAUACCAUCUGAUUCUUGUAAAAAAAAUGUGGCAAAAUCAUUAAAUUGUGGUCCUGUAUUACCAAAAUAGCAUAGUACUGUGCAUAUGUAGAAUGCUCAGAUGCUGUCUUGAAAAGAAAACUGUUAACCUUUGUAUAUUCAGGUAUGUAUCAGAGUUUUAUAGUAAAUUAUGAAAUUCAGUUAAUUUGCCUAAAGUUGUUGUGGAUAAAUAAUAAAUCUA